AAACAAACUUUUUCGGAAUGACUGCAAGUGCAGGAACUUUUUUCAGGUUUUGGAAAAUAACAUGCAUUUAGACAGGGAUUAUAAGCCAAAAGAGAGUAUUAGCAAUGCAGGUGGGAACCGCUUCGGGGCCUGAAAAUCCCACAUCAAACUACUUCAACCAGCGAGGGAUAUGGCUCACCUACAUUCUUGUGAUUUCCCUCGCUCAUCUCUUCAUCCUAAGCAUGCCAUUCUUCAGUACAGCUGUGGCUUGGACCCUUACCAAUGUUCUCCAUGACAUUUCAAUGUUUAUAAUUCUGCAUGUGACACGAGGGACCCCAUAUUUCCUUGAUGACCAGGGCCAGGCUCGUAAACAGACCCAAUGGGAACAACUGGACCAAGGAAAACAGUUCACCCCUACAAAAAAGUUUCUCACUAUUGUACCCAUUGUUCUGUUUUUCAUUGCCAGUUUUUACACAAAAUAUGAAAAGGUUCAUUUUCUUAUAAAUGCAUCGUUCUGUGCUCUAAGCGUUAUAGCAAAGUUCCCAUACCUGCAUGGAAAAAGAUUCUUCGAAAUCAACAAAUGGUAGGAUGUGGAAUUAUCAUGGACAGAAGUGCGGGAAUAAGGAAUCCUGCAGCGCUUGAGAGCUCUAGUGUAGACAUGUACAUAACAUUGGUUAUAAAGGAUACAAAUGAACCGCAUUCAUCUUUUCAAUAGCAGUCUGCGUAAUAGGAACAUUGAAGUGUAUGUGUGUAUACGAAGCCUAUGUUUGCUCAUAUUUUGAAAUAUUUCUUUAGUUUAUUUAUUCAUAACAGUUCCAACACAUUAAUAGCUUUUGUUUAGAAACAGGUUAAUAAGACGCAUUUUUAAACAAUUGAUAAUGUAACAAUUCAUAUAAAAUUAUGGUAUUCUCCAAUCAGUGAAAAGUUUGUACAUGUAUGUCUUGUAAUUUAAUGACUUUACGUCAUUUUUACAAACAUGUGUAUAAUAUGUUCAGUUUAACAAGUUUAUAUUUAAAUGUAUACAAUUAUUUUCUUAAAUUUCUGAUUAUUUUCUUGAUUUUGUAAUAUAUAUUCUGAAGUAAAAAUGAUAGCAUGACUUGUGAUAAAGAUGGUGUUGAAAGUGAUUUAAAUUGACUGAAUCAGUGCACUUCCACUAUUGGUUUUGUUCAGGUGAUAAUCUUUAUCAAUAUAUGAUCAUGUGAUCCAGUGCUUAACUCUUUGUUAUCAUUAUGUUAAAUGCUUUUUGAUGGUACAUCUGUCUUUAUCUUCUUUUAAGGCAGAUAUAUUUAACAACGAUGCAUUACCUCGACCAUUCAUUUCAUAAUUAUGAAAAUACCUUUUUACAUAACCUAAUUAUUCUGUGAAAUGUACUUUGUUUCCUUGUGGAAACAUCAACAUGUAUUUGAAUAUAAAAUUUUCUUAGAAACUUACUCUUAUAACCUGGUAUUUUGUUGGUAUGCUUUAACAUUUUUUUAAACUACAAAUUACCAUUUCAGACCAUUUAUAUUCAUUUUCUAUAAUUAUAAUAUUCUGUCAGUGGUUUGUGUAUAUGCUUGAUUUAUUUGUGUGAAUGAAGUUUAUGUUGUUUAAACUUUAAAACUGAUUAUGACUGAUUGAUUGAAGAUGUAUUUAUUUAUUAGUGAUUUGGUUUCUGUCUAUCAGUUUUAUCAUGACCAUUGUAGUGUAGUUUUCUUUUACAAGUGAUAUCAUAGGUUGGCCAUACCCAGGUCAAACUUUAAUGAAAAUUCCAUUUUUAAAAAAAUUAAAUGUUUGAUUUACACAACUAUACAUAGUUAAAACUAUUAAUGAGAUGAUUUAUGAAGUAUUUGUUCAUGUAUAGGACGAUGGAUAAUUCAUAUCCUAUUCAUUUCAUCAAUAUUAAUGUUGGGAAAAAAAUAAACAAGAAGUUAUUUGGAUAAGCUGACUCAAGGUUGAUUAAUUUUUGCCCUUUUUGUUUUUCCAAGAAAAAAGUUCCCAUUUUGUGAUAGCCUACGAGGCGUUGUGGUGAAGAACUUUUUAUAUUUCGGGCAUGCAAAAAAGAGAUCAAGAAUUGUUAUUAUAGUUGCUGCAAAUUUAAUCUAAAUAAUUACAUCCUCUAUCUGUGUGUGAACUACAUAAUUAACUGUAUAACGGAUCUCUUUAAGGUGCCUAUAUAUACUGAAAGGCAAUUGAAAACGUAAAAAGAUGUAAUCAUGGUAUGUAACAUUUGUCUUCUUUGUGAAAACAGAGAACAAAUACUUGUAUGGAUGUUCUUUGUUCAUGUUUUUAACAAAGCAUACACAGCUCUAGUAUUUAUUUCACGACCAUUUUGUCCAAUGUUUAACUCCAGUUUAUUGAAGACUAUCCUAGAAUAAAAUUUGUUAAUUGCG